AUGGAUGUGUUCGAUAAUUUCAGAUUGUCGAAGCACAAAUUUGUGAGAAUGUUGAUUUGCAUUCCAAAGACGGUAGUGGACUACCGUUUUUCUACAGUAACCGAUGCAAUUCGUCUAACACAUUUGGAUUUUCCUGCUCUGGAAUUCACAAAAGACUUGGAAAAAGCAAGAAAACGAUUGAGUGAUGGCGACAUUGAUAUUUUGAUUCUUUUCACAAAACUGAUUGAAACAGGAAAAGACGUCGAGUACAACAUCAUCAGCCAAAACGGAGACCUGAAUAAGCACUACUGUAUUCACUGUGAUGAUAGAAGAAAGGAAACAUGGGGAAAUGCAAUCGAAUCACAAAUUAUUGUCAAUAGAUUCCUAUACUGGAUGGUCCGAUCUAGAGGAUUUAAUCAUAGGAAACCACAUUUUCAUUUGAGCAAUAUCUAUGUUAAAGGGACCGACAGUGAUCCAAUGUAUUCGAAAAGACAGACGGAUUUAUUUAUUGCAUGGCUGAUUCUCAUCCCAAUUUGCUCUCGAUUAAUUGACUUGUGGAACGACGAACGAGAGAGUGGAUUUUAUAAGUUGCUUCUUUCCCUUCGUGUCCGCCGAAUUGAAUAUUUCAUUGCAAAGUAUGUCUUCUGGUACGGAAUCUCUCUGGUCAUCAGUUUAACAGUUUUCGUUGUAAAUGUCUCUGUGGUCCCAGCAGUAUUCACUGCUACUUAUCUUCCAUUUUUGGUAUGCUACGUGGCAUGUAUCAUAAUGUUUACUGUUUUCCUGGCAACGCUUUUCCCUGGAUCACCAUUGGUUUCGAAAUUUGUUGGAUUCCUUUUGAUGGCAGCUGGGGAAUUUGGAUUCGGAAAUGUGUAUCAAGGAACCCUAUUUUUCCAACUUUCUGUUCGAUUUUUCGGAAAAACAGAAGGUGAUGGAUAUUGGAUAGAUGCAGUAUGCCUGAUGUGUAUGACGGUCAACAGUGUUCUGAUGAUGGCACUGUCUGUUUAUCUCGAUACUUUCUUUUUCUCAUACACUCAAGAGCCACUCAAAUUCUAUUUCCCCCUGGAAAGAUCAUACUGGAUGCCUGCUCCAAGAGGUCCUUUAGUUGACAAGUUCUUCAUAAAACAGAUUCUCGUUCCGAAAGUUGUCAAGAAUGAAUCAGCUCUCAAAAAGUCAGUAGAAGCAGCUUCUCCUAUCAAAAAAACCACAACGAAUGGGAAAGAAGCGAACCCAAAAGAAAUUUCGCAUUUCCCAUUGGUUGUUUUUUAUGGAAUUUGUAAACGAAUCAACAAUCAUUGGAAAGUGAAUCAGUUGAGUUUGACAAUUCGUCUUGGAGAAAUUCUGACUCUAUAUGGUCAUUAUGGAUGUGGAAGUGACGAGAUUUUGUCUAUUCUCAGUGGACAGAUGAAACCGGAAUACGGAGAAGUAAUGAUGGAAAAAUCACAAAGAUAUCUGAUAGUUUCGAUGACGGCGGAUGUUCCAAAUCUGAACUACCUCACAGUAACCAAUUAUCUUGAAUUUGUGUGUAGUAUGAGGGGAGUCUCUCUAUCAUUUUCAAUCUUGACCGAGAUGCUCGAAGAGUUGGAUCUUGUGAAAGUGCAGAAUAGACCUCUCGAUCUUCUCUCCACAACUCAAAAAGAGCGUCUCAGAAUUGCUGCUGUUUUUGUUGGGCAUCCCGAUUUAGUUUUAAUUGAUUGGCCAACAAAAGAAUCGUUACCCGAAUGGAAGUAUAUGAUCCUUCGAUUUAUUGAGAAACGGAAAGAGAAUAAAGCCAUCAUCAUAUCAUCAUACGAUGCAGAAGAAACUGAAGCGAUAUCGGAUAAGGUGGUAUUGUUAAGUGAGGGAUAUGUGGUUUUGAAUGGAUCCAGUGAGAUUUACAAACAAUCAAUGAAUAGUGUUUUCGAAGUUCGUCUUUGGCCUCUUUUUGCAUUCACUGAUGACCAAAUUCGUGGAAUGAUAGCUGCUGUGACACUUGGGGAUGAGCAAAUGAAGAAUGAUGCAAAGUUUUUUGAAACUUCGAAUGGAAAAAUCCGAAUCACUCUGCCGAUCAUUUACAGAAGAAGUAUCCCCUUGAUAAUUCGAGAAUUGGAAGCAAUCGCAGCACAAUAUGAAAUUGCUUUCUACGAAUUCAGCAAACCAAAUAUUCACGAUAUUUAUACAAAAAUUCCGGUUUCCACUUUCCACUUUUCGGACUCCGGAUUCUUGAGAAUUCUGGAUUCUGGAUUCUGGAUUCUGGAUUCUGGAUUCUGGAUUCUGGAUUCUGGAUUCUGGAUUCUGGAUUCUGGAUUCUGGAUUCUGGAUUCUGGAUUCUGGAUUCUGGAUUCUGGAUUCUGGAUUCUGGAUUCUGGAUUCUGGAUUCUGGAUUCUGGAUUCUGGAUUCUGGAUUCUGGAUUCUGGAUUCUGGAUUCUGGAUUCUGGAUUCUGGAUUCUGGAUUCUGGAUUCUGGAUUCUGGAUUUUGGAUUCUGGAUUCUGGAUUCUGGAUUCUGGAUUCUGGAUUCCGUUUCUCGAAAAUCGCAUUCCGGACAUUUAAUUUCACAGUUCCUGCUAUGAACCACUGCAAUAUCAACCACUGGAAAACUAUGACCAACUGA